GCGCCGCCGCCGCCGGCCGCCCGCCGCCUGCCCGCCAGCCCGGUCCGAGCGCCCGCGAGCCGGGGGCGGAUGGAGGGGGGCCGCGUGUAAGUACCACCCGGCCGGGCCGCGGCGGACUUGGCGAGAGCGGAGGGAAGCAAGAGGCGAGGAAGAUCCCGGGCUGGGAAGCCAAGCCAUUUUGUUUGGUCGACUUCUCUCCGUAGCAUUUUUUUUUUUUUUUUUUUUUUUUUUUGGUGUGUGUGCGCGCUUCCUCGAAGACCCAGCCCCGGGCGAGGAGGAGGAGGAGGUGGAGGCACAACGCAUGAGCGGCGGCGGCGGCGCCUGGGGAGGGGGGAUCGCUCGGGCACCCGCGGGGACUGUGCAGCAGCGCCCUAUGGAGAGGCGGCGGGCGGCGGGGCAGUGCUGAGGGCUGCGCGGCGCGGCGCGGAGCGUCUGCCGCCGGCGCGGCGGGGGCGGGCGCGGAGGGGAAGCCUUUGUUUUGGGGCCCCGGGGGGCGGGGUGGGGCGCGCUAGGGAUGAGUUUAGUGGGCGGCUUCCCCCACCACCCGGUGGUGCACCAUGAGGGCUACCCCUUCGCCGCCGCCGCCGCUGCCGCCGCCGCCGCCGCCACCCGCUGCGGCCACGAGGAGAACCCCUACUUCCACGGCUGGCUCAUCAGCAGCCACCCGGAGAUGUCCCCCCCCGACUACAGCAUGGCUCUGUCCUACAGCCCCGAGUACGCCAACGGGGCGCCGGGCAUGGACCACUCCCAUUACGGGGGGGUGCCGCCCGGGAGCGGCCCGCCCGGGCUCGGGGGGCCCCGGCCGGUGAAGCGCCGGGGCACGGCGAACCGCAAGGAGCGGCGCAGGACUCAGAGCAUCAACAGCGCCUUCGCGGAGCUGCGCGAGUGCAUCCCCAACGUGCCCGCCGACACCAAGCUCUCCAAGAUCAAAACCCUCCGCCUGGCCACGAGCUACAUCGCCUACCUCAUGGACCUGCUAGCGAAAGACGACCAGAACGGGGAGGCGGAGGCCUUCAAGGCAGAGAUCAAGAAGACAGACGUGAAGGAGGAGAAGAGGAAGAAAGAGCUGAAUGAAAUCUUGAAAAGCACAGUUAGCAGCAACGAUAAGAAAACCAAAGGGAGGACUGGCUGGCCGCAGCAUGUCUGGGCUUUGGAGCUCAAGCAGUGAGCACGGCAGGACUGGAGGAGCCGUCCUCUUGGUCUCGGUAGUGAGCUCUCCUCUGAGGACUCUUUGUAUUUGGAAUCGUCCAGUUUAUUUAUGUGCAAUUUCUCCCCCAACCCCCCAAAAUGUGGAUAUUUGAAGGAGAGGGAAAAAAAGCAUUCCAUAUUUGAAUAUGAAGAGGAAACUCCAGCUUGGUAAGGGGUAAUGUCGUCUCUAAUAGUUUCGUGAAUGUUAUUUGCUCUGUAUAAAACACACGGGGAAAAAAAAGAACUAUAGAAAAGGGGGGGGGAAACCCUCCCUGGCAUUGGUGUGUAUGUGAAGUGUAUCUUUAAUACUUGGCCUUUUGGAUAUAAAUAUUCAUGGGAUUAUAAAGUUAUAUUUCAACAGAAGCAGUUGCACCAUGUUUCAGUUGACUCGGUAUUUAGUGUUGUAAUUUUCUUGUGGUCGUUCAGUAUUUGAAGAUGUUUUCAACAGUUAUUGGUUAUGUGCACUUCUGUCCGUAAGGGAAAAAGUGGAAUCUAAUUAAUAUUGAAGGUGUAAACGUUGUAAGUACUCAAUAAACCACUGUGUGUGUUUUUUUACAAAAAAAAAAAAGAGAAAAAGGAAAAAAAAAAGAGAACCCAAAUCUUUUUAUGUUUUAUACCUCAAUGUUUUGAAUAACAGCGUUGUUUAUGGCUUUUUUCAUAAUAUUUAAAAUAUUCGGAAGUAAACUAAAUUAUAAA